CGGGGCCUCAGCCCCCACCCCUGCAUCUGCCAUCUCCGCCCUCCCGUCGCUCCCCUGCUCGGGGUCAGCUCCUGUCCGCUCUGCUACGCCGCCAGCUCCCGGAGGACGGCAGGCAGGAUGACCCAAAACAUGGUGAUUGUGAAUGGAGUUGCUGUGGCCUCUACGCCAUCCCAGCCCUCCCACAUCAACGUCCACAUCCACCAGGAGUCAACUUUGACACAACUGCUGAAAGCUGGAAGUUCUCUGAAGAAAUUUCUUUUUCACCCUGGGGACACUGUGCCUUCCACAGCCAGGAUUGGUUAUGAGCAGCUGGCUCUAGGGGUGACUCAGAUAUUGCUGGGGGUUGUGAGUUGUGCUCUUGGAGUGUGUCUCUGCUUGGGGCCCUGGACUAUGCUGCGUGCCUCAGGCUGUGCCUUCUGGGUGGGGUCUGUGGCGAUCGCAGCGGGAGCUGGGGCCAUUGUCCAUGAGAAGCACCCGGGCAAACUUGCUGGCUAUGUAUCCAGCCUGUUCACCCUGUCUGGCUUUGCUACAGCUAUGGCUGCUGUUGUCCUCUGCGUGAAUAGCUUCAUCUGGCAAACUGAACCCUUUUUAUACAUUGACACUGUGUGUGAUCCCUUGACCUCGUCAUACAGAUGGCGAAGUCAAGAGAGCCAAUGGCAGAAGGAGGAGUGUAGAGCUUACAUGCAGAUGCUGAGGAAGUUGUUCACAGCAAUCCGUGCCCUGUUCCUGGCUGUCUGUGUCUUUAAGGUCAUUGUGUCCUUGGCUUCCUUGGGAGUGAAUCUUCGAAACUUGUGUGGCCAGAGCUCCCAGCCCCUGAAUGAGGAAGGAUCAGAGAAGAGACUACUAGGGGAGAAUUCAGUGCCCCCCUCACCCUCUAGGGAGCAGACCUCCACUGCCAUUGUCCUGUGAGCUGCCAAAGACCCCACCGGGAUGCCCGCAUGUCUCUGUCUGGGGCAGCCCAGGGCCCCCACUCCUGGCUCCUCACACUUGCCUCCCCUAUGGCUGCUGUCCAGAUCAUCCUCCUUUCUUCUCCCCACAUUAGCACCUGCUGUUCCCGCUCCGGGGUUCUCAAGUCCAUGAACAGAUAUUGUUGCAUUUUCCACAGUGCUGAUUAAACAUAAUAAACAAUCCAGAAAAACAAUUUUGCCCAGAAA